CAAAUUAAUGAGCGCAUGCAUGAAUGAAUGAAAAAACUACUGUGGCAGGUGCUGGUGGUGUCCUGCCUAUAUCUUGCAAAUACUGAAAAUACCUGCACAUUUCUACUGGAAGUCUUUUUUUUCUUUCUUUCCUGGCUACAGAUGUGUUCUCAACCUACCCCCAGUUCAAGCUGGAAGUGUCAAAGAGUUGAUGAGUCCAGAAGCCACCCUUAACCAAUGAUAAACAGGGUGUUGGUAAAUAUAGCCUUACCCCCUCGUUGGAAUAACUCUGAGAUGUGCUCUUCAAUGUCUCCCAGAUUUCCUCAUUGGGACUGAGCUAUAAUUGCCUCAGUAUCUUGCAUGUUAAAGUACCUUGUAUUGACUUCCUUUCCUUCCCAGUCUCACUUUCUUAUCCCUCAACAGUGCUUUCACUUCACAAAACAACCCCCAAAACACAAGAAACCCCCAAACCAAAAAAACUAAAAAAAAAAAGACUACUUGCAAUUGAAUUCUUGUCUCAGAUCUGCUUCUGGGGGAACCCAAACUAAGACAGCCACUGAAUGUGGAAUUGUACAUUGAGUGCUUAAGGAGAGCCCAUGACAUCUGGAAUUCAUGCAACUGGAGUUGAAUUAAAAAAAAGAACUCUUUCAGGAAUCAGACAUCAUCUUCUCUGUGGCAGAUUUUUUUCCCACACAAAGCACUAACAGUUUGAACAAAAGAUGUGGAAGUUUUUCCUCUGGAAGACCACCAUUAAUUUAUAAACGGAGGGUGGGGGUCGUUCUUUAUUAUUCAAAUUUUUUGGAUAUAAAAAGAAAAAAUAUUAAAACUGGAAAAUAUUCACGAAUGGAAUGUUUAGUUAUAAAAUUACUCUCAGUUCAAAUUUCCUUUCCUCCUUCACACUUAUGUCACUCCUACCCAUAAUGCCCUAACAGCAAGUUUCAGAAUAUUUGGCCAAGCCAUGCAAAUAAAACUGUAGCUCACAAAAAACCCAAACCAAACCAAAAAAAAAAAAAACAAAAACUGUAGCUCAACUUUAAUAGAAAAUCUGAAAUCUUGCAAAAAUGCAGCCUUUUGUGAAAUCUAUGAAAAUGAUGUUGGAGAAGUGCUAGAAUCAAUGCAAAGCCAUGGAAAGUGAAGAUCCGGCAGAAUACGACAAGGCAACUGAAGAAGAGAACAUAGACAUGGUUGAUGACUGUGACAAGAAUUUUCCAACAGAGUGAUCUGAAUAUCAUAGGAUUAAGGGCUGUUCUUGGGGAAAUUAGUGAUGCCUUUAAAUAUGUUUGCAAAAAAAGAUGCUCUUUUUGAUCAUUCAAUGAUCAUUUGAUCAUUGAAAGUCAAGCAUGAAGGGAUGUGCAUUAUAUUGUGUUAGGAUAUAUAUAUUUUGGGGGGAUUCCACUCCAGAAUGUUCCAUUUACGUUUUGAGUGACAGAAUUGCAUUUAAAUUUUUUCUUCCACAAAGUGUUUAAUCUCAAAGUCUGUUGUAUAACACCCUUUUAGAGAAUCAUGAAAACAUCUGCUUGGCGUGGUAGAUUGAAACGGGAAGGAGGCUUAUCCCUUGCCUUACACAGAGUCUCCUUUGGUUGAAAAUCACUUAAACACUGAAGUGAGAACAUUUGCUGCUUUUCUUGAUUUACAGAUGUUUUCUCAGAACUACACUUCCAAACAGUCCCAGCUGACUGUAGCUAAGGCCUGGGUAAAUUGAUAAGAUGCAUCUGGUUUCAAGACACAGACUAAGUACAGGGCAGGCUCUCCGUGUCCCCAGAGAACCUGGUUGGGGUCACAGCUAAGUCUUGGAACCACUUGCUCUAUAUAUGAGUGCCAAGUGAAUCCCCAGCAGGGAGAGACAGGCGAGGAGUAGACUGCUGGGCUCUUCCUCCUGUUGAAAAUUCACUGGGCACUGGAGGAGGAAAUUUUCCUUCUGUCUUCUGCCCUGAAUGUUUUCCCAAACAUGAAGGCAAUAAGUUUAUUCUUCUUGGUGGGAUUUAUAGGAGAGUUCCAAGUUUUUUCAAGUGCCUCCUCGCCAGUCAAUUGCCAGUGGGCUUCCUAUGCCCCUUGGUCAGAAUGCAAUGGUUGUACCAAGACUCAGACUCGCAGGCGGUCAGUUGCUGUUUAUGGGCAGUAUGGCGGCCAUCCCUGUGUUGGAAGUGCUUUUGAACCACAAUCGUGUGAACCUACACGAGGAUGUCCAACAGAAGAGGGAUGUGGAGAACGUUUCAGGUGUUUUUCAGGUCAGUGCAUCAGCAGAUCUUUGGUUUGCAAUGGGGAUUCUGACUGUGAAGAGGACAGUGCUGAUGAAGACAGGUGUGAGGACUCAGAAAGCAGGCCUUCCUGUGACCUCGAUAAACCUCCUCCCAACAUAGAACUUACUGGACAGGGUUACAAUGCGCUCACAGGCCAGUUUAGGAACAAAGUCCUCAACACUAAAAGUUUUGGUGGUCAAUGCAGAAAGGUGUUUAGCGGGGAUGGGAGAGAUUUCUACAGACUGAGCGGAAAUAUCCUCUCCUAUACAUUCCAGGUGAAAAUAAAUAAUGAUUUUAAUUAUGAAUUUUACAAUAGUACCUGGUCUUAUGUAAAACAUACAUCAACAGAAUAUUCAUCAUCUAGUCGAGGACGCUUCCUCUUUUUUAGUUCUUCAUCUUCUUCGUACAGUUACUCUUCAGAUACUGAAAAAAUCCUUAAGGAAAAGAGUUAUCAGUUGUUGGUUCUUCAGAACACUGUUGAAGUGGCUCAGUUUAUCAAUAACAAUCCGGACUUUUUACAACUUGCUGAGUCAUUCUGGAAGGAACUCUCCUACCUUCCCUCUCUGUAUGACUACAGCGCCUAUCGAAGACUGAUCGACCAGUAUGGGACACAUUAUCUUCAGUCUGGGUCCUUAGGAGGAGAAUACAAAGUUAUCUUUUAUUUGGACUCAGAAAAAAUCAAACAAAGCGCUUUUGGUUCAGAGAAGAAGAAGAAAUGUGCUUCCUCACAUAUCAAGUUUUUGUUUAAAUCAUCAGAGCACGCAUGCAAGGAGAUGGAAGAGGCCUUAAAAUUGGCUGCAGGAACUCAGGGCAAUGUGUUACGAGGGGUCCCAUUUGUCAGAGGGGGACGUCCUGGCCUUGUGUCUGGCCUUAGUUACCUGCAACUGGACAACCCUGCUGGAAACAAAUUGAGAUAUUCUCACUGGGCAGGAUCUGUGACUGAACUUCCACAAAUCAUAAAACAAAAGCUGACACCUUUGUAUGAGCUGGUAAAGGAAGUACCCUGUGCCUCUGUGAAAAGGCUAUACCUGAAACGGGCCAUUGAGGAAUAUCUCGAUGAAUUUGACCCCUGUCAUUGCCGGCCUUGUCAAAAUGGUGGCAUGGCCACUGUGAAGGGGACCCAGUGUGAGUGCCAUUGCAAACCAUACACGUUUGGUGUGGCGUGUGAACAAGGAGCCCUCGUAGGGGAUCAAGCAGGAGGGGUUGAUGGAGGGUGGAGCUGCUGGUCCUCUUGGGGCCCCUGCGUUCAAGGGAAGAAAACAAGGAGCCGAGAAUGCAAUAACCCACCUCCCAGUGAGGGUGGGAAAUCCUGCAUUGGAGAAACGUCAGAAACCAGACAAUGCGAAGACCAGGAGUUGGAGCAUUUGCGAUUGCUUGAACCACAUUGUUUUCCUUUGCCUUUGGUUCCAACAGAAUUCUGUCCAUCACCUCCUGCCUUGAAAGACGGAUAUGUUCAAGAUGAAGGUGCCAUGUUUCCUGUUGGGAAAAACAUAGUGUAUACUUGCAAUGAAGGAUACUCUCUUGUUGGAGACCCUGUUGCCAGAUGUGGAGAAAAUUUACAGUGGCUUGUUGGGAAAAUGCAUUGUCAGAAAAUUGCCUGCGUUCUACCUGCACUGAUGGAUGGCAUACAGAGUCAUCCCCACAAACCUUUCUACACCGUUGGUGAGAAGGUGACCUUUUCCUGUUCAGGUGGCAGGUCCUUAGAAGGUCCUUCGACAUUUCUCUGCGGAUCCAGCCUUAAGUGGAGCCCUGAGAUGAAGAACGUCCAGUGUGUGCAAAAAGAUGCCCCUUUGGCACCGGAAGUGCCUGAAUGUCAGCGCUGGGAGAAACUGCAGAAUUCAAGAUGUGUUUGUAAAAUGCCUUAUGAAUGUGGUCUCUUGCCAGACUCCCCCAUUGAUCAAACACCCCUGAAGCUAGAGGACAAGGAAGUCUAUUGAUGUGGUCCAUAUGUGUCAGCCUCCCAGGCAGGGUGGAGAAGAGUGGAGGGUGAAUCUGGAGAGGCAAAUGGAAGAUAUCCAGUCCCCAGGACUUACUGGCCAUCUUUAAGGUUAAGAAUCAAAACACAAAUUAUUAGCCAAUUACUUGGCUUUCAAUUAGUAUGGUCACCAAAACACAUCUUCUUGAACACCUACAUUGGGUAAUGAUGACUAUGGUGGUAUCUUAUAAGAAGUAACUUCUCAUGUGAAGGAGAACAUAAAACUGAAUAGCAUAAGUGGAAAUGGUCAGCCCAGAAUCUUCUGACUGUGCUGUUAUUCUCUAUUAAUCAUUGUUUGCUUUGACUCACUUUCAUCCUCUUUCCAACUUCUCUGAUUCAUUGAGUUUAUCUGCAGCCUGUUUAUAAAUAUGGUAAGAGUUUUAACAUCAGAUACUGAUAACAAGAUAGAUGGCCUUGUAAGUUCUCUGCCCUUUAAGCUGUUCUGCGUACUUCUAUGUAAAGUUUAAAUAAACAGAUAAAAAAGAAAUACUAGGAUUUGUUUCUGUUAUGUAAAUGUCCAAAUAAAUUUAACUCUUGUUCAGAGAAGUAAACAUUAGAGCUAAAUAUAUAUAAGUAAAUAUAGAUUCUGUUUAUUAUUCAAAACAGCCUUGCUGUCUAGGGUUUCGCUACAGUAAUUGUUUCCUUACCCAUCAGCAUUCAGAAAUGUGGUUGUUUUUAUUAGUGACAUUUCAAAUAGUUGGCACUAUUUUAACACCAAUGCAUACGAAAAAAAGUAACCCAUUUUAUGGAGAUAUUUCUAAACUAUUUUGUAAACGUAGAUACUCUAAAAAUAGCGUUGAAAAAUAGAGUUCAUUUUCCCUUGAGGAUUCAGUCAUCAGCUGUGGAUAAUGCUAUAAUAUGGACCUGAACUCUCAGGGCUGCUGGCUUGGGAGGAGGUACUUUCUUCUGCAGCCAGUGGUCCCAUUUGACUCCCAUUCCUCUGAGUGUUUUGAUCUUUGCUAAUUUUCUGUCUCCUUCUUUGUCGUCAAUCUACCAUCUGUGGCUAGCAGACGUUGCCUUCUCUUCUAAUUUGCUGUAUCCGAUCUGUUCUAGAUGAAACUACAUUGACACUAGAUAUCUAAGCUUGUAAAACUUGUGAGUAAAUAAAGAGCAAAAUAUGUUCAUUUUGAAGAUUGGAGGGGGUUGGGCCCUAGUAAUGCGGGGCAUUUGCAUUUCUGUUCCAUCUUUUUG